UAAAGUGAUAGAUAGUAAUGUAGUAAAAUUUAAUAUUCCGCAGAAAUUGAAUCAUUUAGGAAAAAGUGUGCGUCAAAUAUAAAUAACUAAUGACGUUAUCUCAAAAAUUAUUAGUCUAAAUUUCAUAUAAAAGGGACUCGAAGUGAGCAUUAGUUAAACACAACAACAACAGCUGAAGUACCAGUCUCAUUUAAAAAUAUUUAAUAACUUUUUAGUGAAAUAAAAAUGAUGGCUAAUAAAUUGUCACUCUGCGCUCUACUCUUCGUCGGCUUAUUUGCUCCGGCAUAUCUAUCACCAGCCGUUCAUUCAGCGUGUUCACGAUUUGAAACUAAAAAUUCCGAUGGUACGACGAAGAUUUCUGAUAUCAAUAUGUUUAUUCCAUUCGUCCAAGAAAUGAAAUUUCAAAAAGAAACAGACGCGUACGUAUAUCCGGAUGGCAAAGAAGGGGCUCAAUUGACAAAGUAUUCUUAUAAACAAUGUGGUAAAGAAACAGUGUUUUUAAGUGUCGCAGAAGUCGACGAAUUGAUUAAUUUCCUGCUCGUCCGUAAAGAAGCUGGAGUGCCAUUGUUGCAUUUUAGCGUCAUCAACUGCCCAUCAUUAGACUAUCCCUUAAGAUAUGAACUGUCUUCUGGAAUAAUUGUUUGUCAAUUUAACAAAAAUUAAUUUAUUUCAUUGAUUUUAAUUACUAAUUUUUUUGUAUAAUAUUUAUAAUUUUAA